AUGGCCUCCAUCAGCAACAGAGGUCUGGUGCCAAUUCCCAGUUAUAGCAAUAGCCUAGUAACAUUUAAUUCUCUCCUCUGUCCCCCUCCACCACCUCCCACCACUUCUAUUACAGCUGAUGACUUUGCUACUUUUUUUACAGACAAAACUAGAUUGAUCAGUGAUCAGUUCUCACCUCCACGCACACAGGACCCCCAACCAACCACAUCCACUGCUAAACCUCCCAUCUUCUCCUUCUGUCCCCUGACGGAGGCUGAAGUAUCCAAACUUCUCCUCUCCAACCAUCCUACAACAUGUCCUCUUGACCCAAUCCCCUCACACCUUCUGCAAGCAAUCUCUCCCACGCUCUUACCGACACUCACACACAUCAUCAACACAUCCCUCCUCACAGGCAUCUUCCCCACUGCGUUCAAGCAGGCUCGGGUAACCCCACUGCUCAAAAAACCUACAUUAAACACUUCUCUUAUAGAAAACUAUAGACCUGUCUCUCUCCUUCCAUUCAUAGCGAAAACACUUGAACGUGUUGUCUUCAACCAGGUCUCAUUGUUUCUUUCACAGAACAACAAACUGGACGCUAAACAGUCAGGUUGCAGGAGUGGCCAUUCAACUGAGACUGCGCUUCUCUCGGUCACUGAAGCCCUGCGAAUUGCAAAAGCCCAUUCCAAAUCAUCAGUCCUCAUUCUGCUGGAUCUAUCUGCCGCUUUUGACACUGUCAAUCAUCAGAUACUCCUCUCCACUCUCUCAUCACUGGGCAUCGCUGGAAUUCCACUUCGCUGGUUUGAAUCCUAUCUCACUGAUGAUCCAACGGUAGCUGCAAGGAUCUCAGGUUGCCUGGCGGACAUCUCGGCAUGGAUGAAAGAACAUCACCUGCAGCUCAACCUGGCAAAGACUGAGCUUCUUGUCUUUCCCGCCACUCCGACUCUACAGCAUGACAUCACGAUCCAGUUAGGUUCAUCAACAAUUACCCCAUCAACUUCGGUCAGAAAUCUUGGUGUAAUCUUUGAUGACCAGCUGACCUUCAAAGACCACAUUGCAAAGACUGCUCGAUCUUGCAGGUUUGCACUACACAACAUCAGAAAGAUCAGGCCCUUUCUGACGGAGCAUGCUGCACAACUUCUUGUCCAGGCCCUUGUCAUUUCUAGGCUGGACUACUGCAAUGCUCUUCUGGCUGGACUUCCAUCAAACACAGUCAAACCUCUACAAAUGAUUCAGAAUGCGGCGGCACGACUGGUCUUCAAGGAACCCAAAAGAGCCCAUGUUACACCUCUCUUUAUCUCAUUGCAUUGGCUACCAAUCGCAGCUCGCAUCAAGUUCAAGACACUGAUGCUUGCUCAUAGAACAACCACAGUAAUUUUGACAGUCAAAGUUGACAAGCUCUCCGAUGAGAAACAGCAGGAUGGGAUUCAGGCAGAUCAUGUGUUUCUGCUGGUGAUCAAACUGGAUUCGAGAUUUACAGAGGAAGAGAAAAUCAUAAUGGAAUGGAUUCAGGAGAACAUCGGAGAAGAUGCUGCUCAUUACACCAUCAUUCUGUUCACUCAUGUGGAUUUGCUGAGGGAAACAUUGUUAGAGGAGCAUAACAAAUACAGUCCAGAUCUCCAGGCAUUUACUGAGAGUUUUGGUAGCAGAUAUCACUCAUUUAACAAUGAAGACACAGAGAACCGCUCUCAGGUCACUGAACUGCUGGAGAAGAUUGAGAAGAUGGCAGAGAGAACUACACAAAUGAAAAGUCUGAAGCCCUCUACAAAUUUUACUGCAUUGACCACAUGCGUUCAGUUUCUCUCCAGGGUGGAUGUUCAUGUGGUCCUUAAGGAGUUAACAGAUACCAAUCAACUGAUGUCCUGUUGCUCAUCAUGA